AUGGAUCCGCAAACAGUCCUCAUCCAUCCUGUACAUUGCGUUACCGACAGCUACUCCAAAUGGAGCCCAGCACUGGUUGACCCACAAGAGCAAUAUUGCACGAAACUCCCACCUGGUGGUCGAAUGGCAGGGCAGAUGCCAUCAACAAUCAGUCAAGAUCUGCUUUCCGCCUCGGUAGGAGGUGCGACCAACGGAGAUGACAUUUUGAACUCUACCUCCUCCACUACCAACGGUGGUGGUGGUGUUAGCGGACAUCCUGAGUCCCUUUGCAAAUCACCAUCUGUUGUAGCAAUGGCCUCGGCCAGCUCUCCCUCCGCUCUAGUUACUACACCCCUAAUGAACUUCUACGAUGCUUCUGCGACCAGCGGUGGUGGCAACACCUAUAUUUCUCACCCACAUAUCGGCAAUGCUUCAGCUCGUGCAGGGGGCAAGUCAACCAGUGGAGAAAACGGUGGGAGUUCGAACCACAUAUCUCGCCCCUUCUACCGCUGCUCUUGGCAGUACUGGGUCAUCCUCAUCUGUGCCCUUGCCUUCCUCCUCGCUGUUAGCUUUGCCGUCUUCUUCUCUGAAAACGCAAAGUGGUUGGAGAACCGACUUCACGAGAAGUAUGCUCAGGACCCGGCAAUAUUCGGCCUCUUCGAUCCACACAAUCCACCACAGAAAAUUGAGUCCAACACACAGGCGAAGAUACAUCUGGAGUCCAUGGGUCUGUGGGCUGGCCAUUGGCACAUUCAGAGUGACCUUUGCACCAUCUACAACAUCACGCUGACUUCUGAACUCUCCUCCAUUGGCGUUUUUUUGCGCUACAGCACCAUGCCCACCAUCGUGCAUUACAGUCACUUUGAUCGUAUUCUCGGUCGCCAAUUGAAGGCAGACACUGUAGUGAAAAAAGAUGCCACAGAUCUCCCCAAAGAGGCCUUUCCUUCUAUCCCUUCUGCCAUUCACGUAAAACCGAACGCCCCACGUACAACCGGCCGAGUGAGGUGCCUUAAAAAGGGCCACUGGUUCAUCUCCAUUGUCAAUGAUCAGCCCAGAACCGAGGAUAUUGUCCUCUCGAUGGCCGAAAUUGUGAUGCCACGAGGAUGUCCUAACGAUUGCAGCAACCGAGGCAUUUGCUCUCAGGGUGUUUGUGACUGUCUCAAUGGACUCACUGGAAAGGACUGCUCUUCUGUGGAGGACGUGCCAAUCUGUAGUGGACACGGGGAGUAUCGUCAGGGCAAAUGCCACUGUUUCCCCGAAUGGAAGGGUCCGGAAUGCGAGACUUUGUGGUCAGAAUGCCCAUAUCCCACCUGUUCAGGACACGGGCGCUGUGUCACCGGGGAAUGUCUCUGCUUUGACGGUUUCGGAGGUGACGCUUGUCAAUUUCGAAUCUGCCCCCCUCACAACUGUAGUGGCAACGGCAUCUGCGUGGAUGGUGUUUGCCGCUGUUUUUCUAGUUGGGGUGGAAAUGCCUGUGACUAUCGUGAAAUCUCCGAUCCCAGCAUUGGAAAAAUCGGUUUUUCCAGCCAAUCACAACAGAAGGACUCUAGUGGUAACUCCCCUACCCCUGAACCAGCCUGCUCCUUCAACGGGUAUCGCGAACCGACCACUGGGCAUUGCCACUGUUUCCCGGGCUUUGAAGGCACCGCCUGCGAGAAAGACGUGACCUGUGCUAGCCGGUGCGUUAAUGGAGUAUGUACGGGAGAUCGGCGGCAGCUCCUAUCUGGAGGACCGGCCCUGCCCGGUUUGUUACCAGCGGUGGCGACACUUCACGAUCCGGCCGUCUGCUUCUGUAAUGACGGAUGGCGAGGUAUCAAUUGUGAUGUGCCUACGUGCAAUGCGAAGUGUCUUCUUAACGGUCAGUGUGUCAAUGACACCUGUGUGUGCAAUCGUGGCUGGACUGGAGCGAAUUGCAAUCUCAGCAUAUACUCCCAUCGGGCUGUCCACCAAUGUAGCACACAAGAUUCCUCAGGAGGCAUUAUGAGUGUCCCCUGGGUUGUAGCGGCCAAGGGAAUUGUAAUCAAGGUGAAGACGGUCACCAUUUCUGCCAAUGUUUCGCCAACAGAAAAGGGUCUGCAUGUCAGGCUUCUUAUGAAAUUUCCUGCGAUGAUAGAAGAGAUGACGAUCAAGGUUAGUUCUACAUCAUUGAACAAAUCAGCAAACUUCUUUCUACUUCAUCGACUAGAUGGUCUCAUUGACUGCUUGGAUCCAGACUGUUGUAGCACGGAACAUUGUGAGAAGUUGAUUCGAUUCCAAGGCAACCAGCAACGAGUGGUGGAAGAUGCUAGACAAAGCUGUGCUCACAGCAGCGAGAUUAGUGCCCUCAUUUUGAGCACUAAAUUGUCCCCACCUGGCAGCUCAUUCUAUGACCAAUUAGAGUUCCUUCUGCUUCGUGAUCUUACCACAGAUAAGGUCGAUCCACGUCGUGUCUCCGUUGUCCGCGGGGUUGUUCGCCAGUGGGAUAGCACACCUUUCUGGGGUUGUCGAGUUUUUGAUCGUCUAAAUCCCGUGAUCGGAUCCGCACUGACGGACAAAAACGGCCGUUUCGAAUUAGUCGUGGAUGGUGGGUUUCUCGUUCAGCUGGAGUUCAUUCGUCAUCCAACCAGUAGAUUCACUGCGCAAUUGGAUGUCUAUGUCCCUGUCAAUCAGAUCGUCAACAUUGGAGACUUCUACCUCAUCGAUAGAUCACGUUUUAUUCUUUCUGCUACGUCAUCUUCCACUCCUUUCAAAAAACGUGCCUUUUAUGAUGGUGCGGUGACAGGUGUUGGUGGAAUGCUUCCAGCCUCGCUUAUUUUUGGUGAUCUCUGGAUAGUUGGUCUUCUCCCCUCUAUCGACCCUGAAUCCGCCGUAGAUUUCUGUCCUCCUGACGUCCAUGAUAUCAGUCUUCUUGGCGGACCGAAAAUCGAAGCAAAACGAGGUGGUGAUGACGACAACGAUGAUGGCGAUGAUCUUGUUUGUUUCGGUUCUGAUGGUGCUGUUUGUGUUAGUCGUGGGGGUAUCCUCUUCCACAGAUACGCUCUAAAGCCCUCAAGACUUCAUCUGGUGCAUAGCUCGGACAAGACAGCUAAAUCGUCUUCUUUUCUGGUGGUGAGAAUGCUUGCUAACGAUAGAGCACCUCCAGACAGGCUUAAUGAGGUGCAUCUCUCUGUUGACGUAGCAGGUUUACAACAAUCCUGGCGAUUUGAACCAGUUCAGGGAUUGGAAUUUACCUUUGUCUGGAAUCGCACGGAUGGAUACAAUAGAUCCGUCUACGGCACAGCUCUUGCUAGAGGUGAACUGAUGCAUCAUCUUCCAUGGUAUCCACUCGAUCCACUUUCAAGCAUCAGCCGAAGUGAUCGUAUUCUUCGCGAGGACAUUAUUACAAUAUCGGUGGGAUUCCUCUAUCGGCAGUGCACUGCGGUGUUAUGGGAACAUAGAGUAGUCCACAUCGACGGUAACGACAUCACGCCCACCGAUUUAGCAGGAUGGAAUCUGGAUGCGCGUCACAUCUUUGCCCCAAAUCAGGGUAUAGUCUACAUGAGUGACGGAAGGCGAGCAUCAGUCCGAGACGAAAACCUCGUAGUGGAGCUGAUUCUUGGCAAGCCGAAUGUUCGUCGCCUUGCCAACCGCUGCGAAAUGUGCCUAGGUCGAGCACGCGGAAAUCCCAUUUUUCGCGCUGCUGCCCUAGCGACUGACGAGACAGGACGUCUGCUGGUCAGUGAUGGUCAAUUCCUCCGCUACCUCCAAGAAGAGAGUCACCUCCAGACUCUCGACAGCUUGAACCCCUCUGUCAAUGCACCAGCUUCCAUAACCGAUAGCGGCUCACAGAGCUCAUCUCCGUCUGAUUGGAUCGUAUCCGACGUACGAUCAAUGAGCUUUUUGAAUGGCGGCACAGGAGAGGAGGAUUGGCCAGCGUACUUUAUUGCGCGGCAUCCAAUUAGCAGUGAGGAAUUGGAGGCCCUUUCUAGAGGCGGGAUUGGUGGUGGUCGGGCCGGUAUCUUCAUCUCCGAUGCGCGAAAUCGAACCAUCUGGUGGACAAGUCUGGCUAGACGUGAUUUCAGUCAGAUGGUCAUUAGCGAGCAAUGUUCUCCCAACGGCACGAUGUCUGAUUGUCUUCGAAGGUCACUGAUGAAUCCGAAGGGUCUUGUUGUCACGUACAAUGAGGAUCUCUUCUUCAUUGACGACAAGCAGCUCUGGCGUUACCAAUUAAGAAAUCCACCAGGUCAAAGGUCAAUCCGUGUGGAACUUGUCAUUGGUCAGUUGGGCGAGAUUGCUGUGCCCAUGUCCUGUGAGAGGUCACUACCAGCGAAUAAGGUUCAAUUAGUAGAUCCAUCCUUUAUGGCUUACAAUCCCGUCGAGGACAGCAUCUAUUACGUCGACGAUAAACACGUCUUCCGUCUGCACCUGGCAAGUCGGAUGGUUUCGCUAGCUGCUGGCCGACUUCCAGGUUGCAAACCUCACACAUCUUCAAGCACAAUAAUGACAUCUACCUCAUCUCCAACUACCUCCAAAGCACCCUUUGCCGUGGACGUCGAGUUCUCAGAGAUCCGUGGGAUUGCGUUCUCCUCUCUUGGCGAUUUGUAUAUCGCCGAGUCGGAGGUCAUUUGGAUCCGUCGCUCUGAUGGUCGAUUGCAUCUCUUCGCCGGAAGCAAGUCCAUAUCAGCGUGGGAUACUCCUCACAUUACGAAUUCACAUCUUUUCCGCCCCGUAAGGAAACCAUUACCCUACAGCCAAUCCGCCCUUCUGACGGAACAUCCUGCUCUUGACUUCCGCUUUGGAAAUAUCACUUCGAUCGCUGUGGGUAUCUUUGAUGAGGUAUUCGUCUCAGAUGUUGGACACAAUGUGGUUUUCGCUGUGCGUCCUAAACCUCCACGACUGGGAGCGAACGAGAAGUAUUCCAUACGGCGGAUGGCUUCGGAGACACAAGUCUUUGAGAAGCAGGGCCAAUUGGAAAGUGUCGUAGACACGCUGACGCAACAUCGAGUCUCUUUUUUCACAUUCACCGGAAGUGGAUGGCUCUCGGCAGUGCGUAUGGGAGCAUCUGAUUUAUCUCUCAGGAGAAGUCCUCUUGGUUUUCUGCAGCAAGUAGUCUUGAACACCGGUGAGACCUAUAACGUCACCUUUGCACUAAUGAACAGGGGCUUCGGAUCAAUAGUAACUCCCUUUGGAAGUCUUAAUCGCUACGAGUAUUCGGAUGGAGGUCAAAUGACAAAGAUUUGGACAAUUUCUAGUGCUUUGCCCUAUGUAGCCUCGUACUCUUCCACGAACGGCCUUCUGGAGACAAUAGCUCUGCCAUCUGGAUGGUUGUAUCCACUGCAGAAGACGAAAGGUCGGAAAAGAGGCAUAGAUAUUUUUGAAGAUAUCAAAUCAAGAAAGGUCUCAAUGAUUUCCUCACCACACACCGAAGUUAUCAAGCUGACGUAUUCAGGUGGUGCUCAAGAAGUUGUCCUUGAGAGACUCGAACCACCAUCUAAUUCUCUCGACAGCGUGGAAAACCAUGCCUCAUGGCAGAUUGGAAGACGCAUUCGAAUGUACGUCCAACUGCAGUCGCCAGAGAAUCUACUUUCACCAAAUGGAAACUCUCUUUCGACUGUGGACAAUACUUCAGCGCAGAUGCCUCGAAUUAUUGAAAAUCUAAUGAUGGCAACCUUCGAUGUCUUUGGGGUGAUUAGUCAGGAUGUUGAAACCGGAGGACAUUUUGCACGAAAACGCAGGUCCUCGUGGUUUUCCAGCCGUUCCGCCACGUCUCCAUUCCUUGGCCGAGGACAAAGGGACAUCGCCACUGACAGCACAGUCCAAAAGACUCGAAAAACACUCUCGAUCAACGGUCAGCCAGUCUUAUCAGUGACACUGGAUCGUGAGUCACGAACAGAGACCUUCAGAAGUCCAUCCUCAGAUCGAUUGCUCCUCCAAAUCGUCUACAACACCAAUAUGCAACCCACUGUCUUUGCCACUCAGCCUCUUGGUGCACUUCCCCACUCUGGUUUCGUCGAUGUGUCGACAGGGUUCAUCGCCAAUACUUCUAGAGUGAACAUCCAAGAGCCUCUGAUAGCCCCUCUUCGUAUUAUCUACACACGGUAG